AUGCAGGUCAAGCCAGCGGACAACGAAAGCCGUCCGAACUCACCGAAGAAUGCUGAGGAACGGAAGCUUUUUGUUGGGAUGCUGUCCAAGCAACAUAACGAGGAUGAUGUACGCGCCUUAUUCGCUCCUUUUGGCGUCAUUGAUGAGAUGGCAUAUGGUCUCAAGAUGGCGUAUCAUCUCGAGACCGAUUUUGAUUUUUAG